AUGACAUGUUUUCUCUUCACACGUCCACAAAACAUGGCACUUUGGCAACAAAAACUAGGCUUCUCAUAUCUACUAAUCCUUUGCUUAGCCACUGUGGUUUCUUCACACAACAGGCCUUUUACAACUCCAAGUGUCACACGCUUGACAGAUUCUUUUCCUCGUGUCCCAGUUGAUCAAGCUUUUUCUAAGGCUUUUGGGGCCUCCAAUAUCCAGUUUCUCAGUAAUGGGUCCACGGCCACACUGGCUCUUGACAAAAUCUCAGGCUCCGGCUUGGUAUCACAAAGCAGAUAUUACUAUGGAUUCUUCAGUGCUGCAAUCAAAUUACCCUCUGGUUUGUCACCUGGAGUUGUUGUUGCUUUUUAUUUAUCAAAUGCAGAUAAAUUCCCUCACAACCAUGAUGAAAUAGAUAUUGAAAUUCUGGGUCAUGAUAAGAGAAAUGACUGGGUUAUUCAAACAAAUGUCUAUGCCAAUGGAAGUGUCAGCACGGGGAGAGAAGAGAAAUUCUAUUUCUGGUUCGACCCGACACAGCAGUAUCAUCAUUACAGCAUCUUGUGGAACAGUUAUCACACAGUGUUCUUAGUGGACAAUAUUCCAGUGAGGGAAUUCAUACAUAGCAGAACAUAUCCUUCUAUUUAUCCAUCAAAACCAAUGUCAGUGUAUGCCACAAUAUGGGAUGGUUCAGAAUGGGCUACUCAUGGAGGCAAAUACCCAGUUAACUACAAGUAUGCACCAUUUGUUGUAUCAUUUGCACAAAUAGAACUAAGUGGUUGCAUAUCUGAUCCCACAGCACCAGUUUCUUCAUGCUCUAAGGUCAAUCCUUCUGGCCUAGACCCAGUCAAUGGACCAGAGUUUACUAAGUUAUCACAGCAGCAAAUAGCAGCCAUGGAUUGGGCAAGAAGAAAACUCAUGUUUUACUCUUACUGCAAUGACAGACCCAGAUUCAAGGUCAUGCCACCAGAAUGCCUCUGA